GCCUUUCGGGUUAAGGAACGCUGCUCAAACAUUCCAGCGGUUCAUCCAUGACGUUACUCGUGGUCUGGACUUCGCAUAUCCUUACGUGGAUGACAUCCUAGUAGCUAGCGCCUCUAAGUCGCAACACUUAGAGCAUCUGCGUACUCUAUUCCAACGCCUAUCUGAUCGAGGCGUUACCUUGAACCCUAGCAAGUGCGAACUAGGAAAAUCGUCGAUCGAGUUCCUAGGUCACCGCAUCUCAGCUACAGGUAUUGAACCACUGUCUCAAAAGGUAACCGCCAUCAAAGAUUUCCCUGAACCUACAUCGUUUAAACAGCUUAAACGUUUCCUUGGGAUAGUUAACUACUAUAGACGCUUUAUUCCGUGUUGUGCUAGGAUAAUGCAGCCCUUGACUGACUUGCUUCGGGGCAAUCAACGUUCGUUUGUUUUUACCAAGUCCGCGCGAUUAGCCUUCUCAAACCUUAAAGACGCAAUCGCUAAUGCUGCUCUCUUAGCACAUCCAGUACCAUCUGCUCCAAUUUCUCUCGUCACUGAUGCCUCAGACGAGGCCGUUGGUGCUGUUCUUCAGCAGGCUGUCGACAAUACAUGGCAACCUUUGGGUUUCUUUUCGAAACGGUUGCAGCCAGCGGAGACACGUUACAGCACCUUCGGGAAAGAACUUCUGGCAGUUUACCUCGCCAUCCGUCAUUUUCGUCCUUUUCUAGAGGGCAGAAGCUUUACCGUCUUUACUGACCACAAACCUUUAGUUUACGCCCUCGACUCGUCAUCCGACCGAUACUCUCCGAGAGAGAUACGCCACCUGGACUAUGUCUCACAGUUUACGUCAGACAUACGGCACGUCUCGGGUGUGCAGAACUCCGUCGCUGAUGCUCUUUCUCGCGUCAGCUCCAUCACGUCCGCUGAAGGUAUCGAUCUAACGGCAAUGGCUGCUGCUCAACAGACCGACCCAGAGCUGGAUCAGCUUCGUAAUUCUAGCUCCUUGCGCAUACGACCAGUUCCACUGCCUACUUCGGAUGGAACCAUACUUUGCGACGUUUCGCAAAAUUCACCACGACCAGUGGUUCCCCAAGCUUUCCGACGCACUGUGUUUGACAUUCUUCACAGUUUAUCACAUCCAGGCAUUCGUGCCACAGUUAAGCUCGUCACACAACGCUUCGUGUGGCGCAACGUCAACCGGGACGUUAGACAGUGGGCUCGUACGUGCCUUAGUUGUCAACAGUCUAAGGUUCAUCGACACACGAAAAGUCCGCUUGGUUCAUUUCCACUUCCUGAUGCCCGUUUUCACCAUAUUCAUGUUGACCUUGUUGGGCCACUGCCCCCAUCUAAUGGAUGCGCUUACUUGCUGACUUGUAUAGACCGCUUUACAAGAUGGCCUGAUGCCAUCCCAAUGCCAGAUUGCUCAUCAGACACUGUCGCUCGCGCUUUUCUAGAGCGCUGGGUCUCACACUUUGGUUGUCCUGCCGUUGUGACAACUGAUCGAGGUUCGCACUUCGCAGGCACAUUUGCUCACCUUCUUCAGACCCUCGGCUGCCGUCACGUCCAAACGACUGCAUUCCACCCUGCCGCCAACGGCAUGGUUGAGCGUUUUCACCGCCAGCUGAAAGCUGCACUAUGUGCACAUGAUAACGCAGACUGGUACGAAGCGCUUCCCACCGUUUUACUUGGCUUACGAAAUACUGUCAAAACCGACAUUAACGCUGCUCCGGCCGAACUCGUUUAUGGCUGCACAUUGCGUCUCCCUGGACAAUUAGUCGCCCCAACCCCGGAGAGGGCAUGGAACUACAAGAGCUACAUAGCUCGUCUGACGCACCACAUGCGUCAGCUGCAUCCCGCGAGACCCAGGGAACAACGCACUCCAGUGCACGUUCCGAAAGACCUUUCUACAUGUUCUCACGUAUUCUUACGUGUCGACCAAGUGAGACAGCCUCUCUCCGCACCUUACACAGGUCCAUACCGUGUUAUUAAACGGUCUUCAAAAACUUUGGUGAUUGACCGUGGGGGUAAAAGGGAUACUGUCUCGAUAGAUCGCGUCAAGCCUGCGUUCAUCGAUGAACAACAGUUUGUUCCAUCAUCGACCUUAACGCAAUCUACAGAGCCACCUGUAACGACGCCCAGCUUUUCAGCUCCACCACAAUCCCAGUCACCAGAUUCGCCUCAAACUAAUACCAGUCACGGUAGAAGAGUUCGUAAACCUGUUCGUUUCUCCGAUUUUGUCGAACUCAUCCAUACCUCAUGAAUCUUUUUCAUUUUCUCUCGUUGUUUGUAUUAUGUUUUUCCGUUAGCAGAGUACAUAUCGGAAUCUGUCCCCGAGUUUUUUCCCCCAUCUAUCAGGUAAAGUCAUGAGGCUGGCACGUUUGGGUCCGUCCGUUCAAUGGUUGGCUGUUUCUCAAUUGUUUGGUCGUUUGGAUGCUUUGGUCUACCCCCAACGCUUUGUCGUCUCGCCCGCCCACGUUGGCCUUUGGAUCGUGGUCUGCUUGGCUCAAUUUGGCUCGCCUUGAUCGUUUGUCUGGCUCGCCUUCCUGGCUUUGGCUGCUCGUGUGCCUGGCUCGUUGUUUUUGGUCCCCCCACGGCUCGCCGGUACGAACAGGAUUUCAGCUUCGUUGUGGCAGUGGAUUGGAAUGCGGUGGGGGAGUGACCUCUCCCAAGCGCACCGUCCUUCAGCAGCGGUGAAAGGUCCUACCGGCCCUUUUUCUGGAUUAUCCAGUUUGUUUGUAGUCCGGUGUGCCCGCUGAGACGGCCCACCGAUGAUGCAUUCCAAUCCACAAGAAGAAUAAAUAAUCUAAAUACUAACCUACUCCUAUGGUUCUGCCUUCUUACAUCUGCAAGCCAGCAACGAUCGAAGUCCUCGUCCCUCGGCCUUCUAGGGGGAGGCCUGUGUAGUGACCAUGACAUUUUACUCCAUCAAACAUCACAUUCAGACUUGUACACAUUUUGUUUUACUUUGCACCCGCCUAAAGCCUAUAUAUACUGGACUGCAAUUUUGAACCAGGUCCGCCAUCUUGCCCGCGCGUUGCCGGCUGUUGCGCUCCUACGUGGUGUUACUCAUUGCUUCACCAUUUUCUCCCAUUGUCCUCAAGCUAUAUUCACAUAGCUAUUGUACUGUGCUGUUUUCUCAAGACAAUCUUUAUAUCCCGCCGUCUUCUGUCUUACCGGGC